AUGAAGUUCCUAUGGCGGGUUCCCGUGAGGCAGUUCCAUUGCAGUACCUGGCUGCGCGAUAACGUACCGUCCAUAAAGCAAGCUCUGAAAUUCGUCGAUAAGUGUGCGAAUGACAGGUCAAGGCGGGACGGAGCGCUGGAAAAGCUAGAGGAACUUGCUUCGGAUAUUCCUGACUGGCAAAGACAAAAGUUGGCGCUACAGAAAAAGUUUAACGGUGCCCAAUGGAACCCUUCCAAAAAACUGUCACGAACUGAAUUAAACAGUGUACGACUGCUUAAAUCACAGUUCCCUGAUAUGACUGCUUCUGAGCUGGGCGCUCAGUUUAAAGUGUCACCAGAGGCAAUCAGGAGGAUUCUUAAGAGUAAAUGGACUCCUAUCGGUGAUGAAGUCUCUGACCUCGAUGCUCGAUGGAAGAAAAGAGGCGAAAAAAUCAAGAAAUUAUACGGGAGCCCAGAUUGGAAGAAAUUAGACUCACAGAGGGGGAAGGAACAGGAUCUGGGUAUAAGACAGAGACCUGUUGUAAUGUUAAAAUUCAAUAGGGACGCUUCUAUUACAGACUACGUAAAAAAAGGGAAGACACGGGCAAAGGGCCACAAACAGCAGCAUCAUUCAAAACGUGGGGAAACAACAAGCGAGAGCAAACAAGAUAAGACUUCUAACUCGAAACUGAACCUCUUGUCACGAUUGAUCAGAAAACGUCAUAGGUAA